AGUGCUGUGCGGGGCGAUGCUCUGCAGAGAUCACGGGUCGGAGAAGUGCGCGCGCUCAGGACACCGGACCCGUCACAGCACCUUCGUUCCAUCCUGUGAGCGCGUCCAGCCUCAGCCAAUGAGGGGUCAGCUUGGCGAGAAGACUAGCGGGUGUCAGUGAGGAGACUUUCAGUCUCACUUUCAGUGAGGGUGGAGAAGUUGAAGAAGUCCAUUAUGACAACGUUGUGGAAUACUAAUAACAAAGGCAGUAUUAAUAAUAAUAAUAGUAACACUUAACAAAAGACGAAUAACACUAAUAACACCACCAAGAGUAACAGUAAUAAAGGCUGCCUCUCCUAGUGUUUCGAAUCCAAGUGAAGCAAAUGAACGUUGACUCAUUCACGAGCCAGGAAGUGCCCAGCAGCCUAAGCCUCUAAGGACAGGAGUGUGAAGCAUGGCGUGGCUCAGUGUGUGCUGGGGCCUGACUCUGUGCCUCACCACCACCACCACCACCAAUUCAGCCACAACAUCUGACACGACCACAGCUGUAAACACUGGCGCGCGGCGUGCGGACGUACAGGCGCGCCUGGACGACAGCAGCAGCCGGCCGGUGGCGCCCAUCGAACCGCUGAUGGACCUGGGCGGCAGGGGCGCGGCACCCCCCGGCCCCCUGCAGCCUGUGUUCGACGAGGCGGCGCCCCGCAGCGUGUCCAGCCUGUCGGGCGGCACCGCCUACCUGCACUGCGUGGUGCACCACCUGGGCGGCGGCAGCGUAUCGUGGAUCAGGCGGCGGGACCUGCACAUCCUGACGGUGGGCACGUACACGUACACCACGGACCAGCGCUUCGAGGUGGUGCACGCCGCCGCAUCGCGGGACUGGAUCCUCAAGCUUCGCUACGCGCAGGAGCGAGACUCUGGGCUGUACGACUGCCAAGUGUCCCGCCGACCCGUGCUGACCUACAGUGUGCGUCUCAGCGUGUACGCCGCCCCCAGUGCCAGCAUCGUGGGCGCCCCAGACAUGCACGUGGACAGAGGCUCCACCAUCAACCUCACCUGCACCGUCACCCACACCUCGGAGCCUUCCGCCUACAUCUUUUGGUACCACAACGGCCAGGUGGUGAACUACGAGUCCCCGCGGGGUGGCGUGACGGUGGUGACGGAGCGCGGCAACGUCACGCGGGGCUUCCUACUGAUCCAGGACGCGCGGCCCUCAGACUCCGGCAACUACACGUGCGCGCCCUCCAACACCGCGCCCUCCUGGCUGCGCGUGCACGUGCUCAAUGGGCUACAAAGGAUUACAAAGGAUAACAAGCACCAGCAGACCUCUCGAACGCCAACAACCUUCUAGAUCCUUUCCUGGGACCAUAUUCUGAAACACUUCUACGCCACACCACUAUAUUCAAAAGGCUCUAGUUGAAGUUACAUGCAUUUUUAAGGAUGUUUUAUUGUUCUAGUGACAGAUUAACAAGGUUUCUAUAUUAUAAACAGGAGAAACACUCUUGAGAACCCGGCUAAUCAUCUCUGUGGCCUUGGAAAAUAAAUGGUGAGAGAAUAUGGGCUUUGGCUGUUUGGUGACACUAAUCUUCACUAACAACGAGUGGAGUUCACAAAAGGCAGUGCAGAGAAGACUGACUCAAACUAACCUUCUCUGUGCUUGCCGCCUCGAUACUUACCAGAAUUAUCUUUAGCUCGGCGAGACCCUUGACCUCGUGUUUCAUUAAAGGCCACGAGAAUAGUUUGGGGAUUUGAAAUAUGUCGAAACUGGAAACUGAGACUUAACGAGAUACGAGUGCUGGUGCCAGAGUGAUGCAGGAUGUUUUGUACCGCUUGAAAUUUCACGUCGAUUUUGUGUAAAGAAAUGAAGUGAACGAUGUAACAAGUCCUGAAUAUGAGCGUGUUACGAGAUUCUGGUGAGCGUGAAAGGGAGAUGAUGAUGACGUUUAUUAUUUUUUUAUUCAUUUAUCUAUCUGUUUAGUAUUUAUAACCAGUUCCUUCGUAUCCCGUAAAAAUUUAGUCACAAGAGAGACCAGGAUGGAGAUUCGGUUUGGUUCCCACGUCCCGAUACUCUCUCGAAGCAGUCCCGUACACUCUUCGUGAGUCAUGCGUCCCUCGUGAACCUGGCGAUGAAAUUCUCAACUGGAGGCAUCAAUUACCUACAUAUUAAUGGUGCGCUGCGAACCAAUCGGCUUGACUCGCUGAUACCCCGUGGCUGGCGACCAAUCAAAUUAAGGACCAGCGUUAUUCACAACGGUUUUUGUUCAUUGUUGAUGCUCUCACCACCGAGCUGCUCUGGGCCAGGUGUUUUGUGGUUAUUUCAGGGUUGUGUGUGUGUGUGUGUGUGUGUGUGUGUUUAAUCCUUUGAUUGCUGAUGUGAGUAUAACACUUGUUGCUUCAUUUAAGUAAUCCUAAAUUAUUUGGUGAGAGAGAGAGAGAGAGAGAGAGAGAGAGAGAGAGAGAGAGAGAACUAUAACCUAUAAAAUGUCUGAACCACGCCAUCACUCCUGCUGUCAGUCUUGCUCCUCGAAAGCAUGCUCAAAGCUUGCACCGGAUACCUUUGUUAGAGCUGAGAAAGCACAACAGUCGCAGGGUCAGCCUGUAAGAAGCAAGCAGUGGUACGCAGCGCGACAACACAGACUGAAAGCAAAUUGGUUGAGGGAAAAAAUGAGCCAAAGAGACGAAGAGGAUUAAUUACGCUGAUGAGAGAAUCCAAUUAAUGAAUGAUCAUCCAGGUUGUGACUCAUUACGUUCGUUCUUUCUGUCCUCUGUUAUGAUUGGUCGGAUCCCGUUAAUUCGCGGAAGUACCCCCAGCAGCAGCAGCAGCAGCAGCAGUAGUGGUGGUGGUGGUGGUAACAAGUAAUAGUAGUAUUAGUAGUAGUAGCAGUACAGUAGUAGUAGUAGUAGUUGUUAAUGCUGCUGUUGCUGUUGUUGUUAUAGGAAUAUUAGUAGCCAUCAUCAUCAUCAUCAUCAUCAUCAUCAUCAUCAUCAUCAGCAGCAGCAGCAGCAGCAGUGGCAGUAGUAGUAGUAGCAAUAGUAAUAUAGAAGAAGAAGUAGUAGUAGUAGUAGUGACAAACAUCGAAAGCUUCAGUAUACACCCCUCCUAAAAAAAAAAAUGAUAAUGACAAUGAAAAGAAAGAAAAA